UUAUUCUCGAUGUUGGCGCUGGUAGUGGAAUUCUUUCAUUUUUCGCUGCUCAGGUUGGUGCAAAGAGGGUUUAUGCUGUUGAGGCUUCAUCUAUGGCUGAUAGUUGCAAAUCUCUUGUCUCUGCGAAUGGUUUAAAUGAUGUAAUUAAAGUUAUAACUGGAAAAAUUGAGGAAAUUGAAUUGCCUGAAUCAGUUGAUGUUAUUAUUUCUGAGCCUAUGGGUUAUAUGUUGGUAAAUGAGAGAAUGUUGGAAAGCUAUUUAUUUGCUAGGAAAUUUCUUAAAGAAGGAGGGAGAAUGUUUCCAACACAAGCAAAUCUUCAGAUUGCAUUAUUUAGUGAUGAACAAGUUUAUUUAGAACAAACAGCUCGUUCCUCUUUUUGGACCCAAGAAUCCUUUCACGGUAUAAAUUUAAGUUCUCUUAAAAAUGCAGCCUUACAAGAAGUUUUCCGACAACCAAUUGUGGAUACUUGGCAUAUUGGGAUUUUAAUGUCGACAUGUAUUUCUUGGAAUUUUAAUUUUGAAAAUGAUGAGGCUAAAGCACUUCAAAGGAUUGAAAUUCCUUUCGAAUUUAAUGCUUUAAGAACUGGUUAUAUACAUGGAUUGGCUACUUGGUUUGAUGUUGGAUUUAUGGGACAAACGAAAACAGUUUAUCUUUCAACAGCUCCAACAGAACCUUUAACUCAUUGGUAUCAAGUUAGAUUAUUAAUUAAGAAUCCUUUAUUUGUUACUAUUGGACAAUUGGUUAGUGGGAAGUUGUUAAUGUUGGCUAAUGACAACUAUGAUUUGGAUUUGGAAAUUGAAGUAGGAGAUAAGCGGCAACAAAACAAACUUGAUCUAAAAAUGCCUCAUUUUCGAUAUAAUGGCCAGCCAGUUUCACAACCACCACCCGGAAAUUCAACAGAAAAUCCUUUAGAGCAAUUAAAUCAACAUUUGGCAAUUGCAGUAGCAACAGCACAACAACAACAAUUAAAUAAUAAUAUUGGGAAUAAUAAUCUAACUUUUUCGCCUGCAUAUUCUACAUGUUUAUAUACAAAUUCUUUGACUAAUUCAGGAGGAAAAGCUACAACAACUUCUGCAGACAUUUUAGUACAAAAUGGUACUUUAAAUGAAUAAUUCUGAACAAGAAUUUUAUUUUUGUGUAAUUCUAAAAAAUAAAAAUUGACCACAACCUAAUUUUUUUGAAAAGCUAAAAUUGUUGCCAAAAUGAAUAUAUAAUAUAUGGAUUUCUUUUUAUAUAAAAAAAUAUAUUUCAUUAAUUAUUUAUACCUUUAAUUUUUUUUAUAUUUUAUUGCCAUUUUAUCUUUGUUAUUUUUUUUCUUUUUUAAUAUUAUAACGAUUUCUCAUAUUUUUUUAUUUAAACAUUUUUUCUUUUACAAUUUUGAUUUUUAAAGUCAACUAGCUCAGGGUGAGUAGCUGGGUGGGUAUUAAGAUACUCUGGCGGUAAAAUACAUCGGGGGGAGCCUUUGAUACCAUACUUUCAGGUUUUGGAAUACCUGACGGCUUUGGGGCGCACUUCGCGCGCUGUUAGAACAUGGAGCGCGUCCAGGGACGCGCGUGGAAAGCCUGCGGCUUUAAAAGGACGCUAGAUUUUCUUUUUUGCUUGGCGAUGUACGUUAAAUAUGUUUGGAUUCAAUGGCUUUCAUUUUGGGGGCCUUCGGUCCCAAACCCAACGUUUAGAAGGAUACUUUGUUUUUUGGCAGCUGUGGAGGGUUUACUCGGG